AGGCAGCUGUGGGUCAUACGGAGCAUCAGAGUACAGAGACUGUAGUGUGUGUUUGGCAGAGCAGGAACAGAUACAGAAAGGAAGCAACUGAAGUGAGACCUGUCUCAUUUUUCCAAAUCUGAGAAAAGCAGAAACAUGCGUGAAAUAGUCCACAUCCAGGUUGGUCAGUGUGGCAAUCAAAUUGGAGCCAAGUUCUGGGAAAUCAUUGGUGAUGAACAUGGAAUUACAUCGACAGGGGUUUACAAAGGAGAUUCGGACUUGCAGCUGGAGAGGGCCAGUGUGUAUUUCAAUGAAGCACAUUCUCAGAAGUUUGUGCCUCGUGCUGUACUAGUGGAUCUGGAGCCAGGUACAAUGGACAGCGUACGCUCCAGUAGGAUAGGUCAGCUUUUCCGACCAGACAACUUCAUCCAUGGUCAUUCAGGCGCUGGGAACAACUGGGCUAAAGGACACUACACCGAAGGAGCUGAACUAAUAGAAAGUAUAAUAGAUGUAGUAAGAAAUGAAUGUGAAAGCUGUGACUGUCUUCAAGGCUUCCAAAUGGUGCAUUCUCUUGGAGGAGGAACAGGAUCUGGCAUGGGUACUCUUCUCAUUAAUAAAAUCAAAGAGGAAUAUCCAGACAGAAUCAUGAACACCUUCAGUAUUAUGCCUUCACCAAAAGUAUCAGACACAGUUGUUGAACCAUAUAAUGCUAUACUCUCCAUUCACCAGCUAAUAGAGAAUACAGAUGAAACUUUCUGCAUUGACAAUGAAGCUCUUUACGAUAUAUGUUUCAGAACCCUUAAACUAACCAACCCCACAUACGGUGAUCUUAACCACCUGGUUUCCAUGACUAUGAGUGGAGUCACCACAUCUCUCCGUUUUCCUGGCCAGCUAAAUGCAGACUUGAGGAAACUUGCAGUGAAUAUGGUACCCUUCCCUCGUUUGCAUUUUUUCAUGCCUGGCUUUGCUCCCCUAACUUCUCGAAGCAGUCAGAUAUACAGUGCUCUUACAGUGCCAGAGCUUACACAACAGAUGUUUGAUGCAAGAAACAUGAUGACAGCCUGUGACCCCAGACAUGGUCGGUACAUGACAGUGGCUGCUAUCUUCAGGGGCCGUAUGUCCACAAAAGAAGUGGAUGAACAGAUGCUGGCUAUCCAGACAAGAAACAGUAGCUACUUUGUAGAAUGGAUUCCAAACAAUGUUAAGGUCGCAGUCUGCGAUAUCCCACCACGAGGGCUCAAGCUGUCAGCUACCUUCAUAGGGAACAAUACUGCCAUCCAAGAAAUCUUUAGGAGGAUCUCAGAGCAGUUUUCAGCAAUGUACAGAAGAAAAGCAUUCCUGCACUGGUACACUGGUGAGGGAAUGGAUGAAAUGGAAUUUACAGAAGCAGAAUGCAACACCAAUGACUUGGUGGCUGAAUACCAGCAAUACCAAGAUGCACCUGCAGACAUGGAUGAAAUGUAUGAGGAGGAGGAGGAGGAGGAGGAAGAAGAAGAUGAAGAGCACAACUGAUCCCAGACAAUCUGUUACUAUAGAAACAAACUUAAAAGAAUACUUGAACGUUUACAGCAAAGGUAGUGAUGAGGUCAACACAAGACUAUUACUCACGUACAACUUUUUUUGUGUUGGGAAUUUCUUAGAUGCUAUAUAUUCAUUCUGAGGACUAACAGAACCCUUAGAAACUAAUUUAGGCAUUUCCAAAAUGUUUUGUUUAUCCAAUGCUAUCAGCAAAAUUUUCUAGUUUUUAAACAGCCUCACUGAAAAUUUGAUAAAUUCAGUUCUGCUAGUUAAUUUUACAAGAUUUUAUUAUCAAAGAGGCAUUUUUUACAAGUUCAAAAUUUAUAAUGCAUACAGCUACUAUGAAGUCACAGCUCUGUUUAAAUCAAGUUUGUUACAACUGCCAUGAAGUCACAGCUCUCUAUCUAAUGUAACACAUUGCUACAUGGUAAAUUAUUUUGCUGUCCAGAGAUAGAAAAUACCAAUUCCAUCCUGGAAUACCACAUACGUCUCAUUUGUUGCAUUAGAAAAUAAGGUACUAGAUGAACUUCAAGUAUUGAAAUCACUGUAGUAUAUUAAAAUAUAAAG